AUUGCGUAUCUUUUGUAAUCGUUUUAUGACGUUUUCACCGUGCUUCUCAUCGUCAGAUAUGUGUCCUCUCUGGAUACGUCAAAUUGUAAACCGUCAAGUGAAUCAUUAGCAUGCUGCUUUGCUAUGCUGUCUGAUGCCUCAUUCUUUUAUAGCUGAUCGAAUAGGGUAGAAUGGUCAAAGGGUUUGUUUUCAAUUAUCAUUAAAAUGUAUAUCUUUUACUUCCUUUGCCAUAAUCAUGAAAGGAAUGACGGUACCAAUUGCUAAAUAGUUGUGGAAGAACAAGGACUUUUAACCCAAACCAAAUUGAAAGCAAAAUGAGUAGAAGUUAAUGUCAAACAGCAGGUAUGCAACAGGUCAUGCGUUCACACUUGCAUUUUGGUAAUAUUUUCUAUAAUCUUUUCAAUUCACUAAUUCUACACGGUGAGCAUAUCUACCUUGAGUUAAAAUCUCUUCAGCGUAGUAUAAAGAUAAACAGCAGAAAAGGUGUGCAAAUGGAUGGAAGACGCAUAGCAUUCCGUUGAUUGUGUCAGCCUUUAAUUGAUCGAAAGCCACUGCUCCCGUAAGUGAUUUUCAUGGCACAUUUACUCGUUACGUAAUGAUGAUAUUUAUUAUGUGAUCACACAUUUUAAUGCACUUCCUUCUUCUCCUAAAACCGCGUCAUCAUCCAUACCUACUACGACCUACUUUACUAUGUUGCUUUUCAAGGAUACUGCCUCGAUGAGACCUAAAAGGACUCGUCCGCCCACCAAGUAACGUCAUUCAUCAUUGCAUAUUCAUGAGGUAUUCUGUUCCAACAUUCUGCCCUUUUCAGACACGAGUCAUCUUGCUUGAGGCUGCUACAGAGGACCGUGGAUAGUUCAGCACAGGCUUGGUGGAAUGGUGGAAUCGGACAUAACACGACUAAACAACGUUGGUAGGCACCAAGUAAUACCGCAUCUCAGCGUGGCCUUUUUAAGAACACAUGUGAUAUUUUCAUCUGGCGUCUGCUCAAUCUACCUGACAAUGUCGAUGUACUUUAUACAGUAGUACAGUAAAGGGUUCACCUGCUCCCCGUGUACCCGCAAUAUUGAACAGAAUGGAAGUCGCCGACUACCCAGACAGGGGUUUUGAAGACAAUACUACACUGAACUAUGAUCCGCUCUUCUUUAAUACCAGUAAAUUGUAUUCAUACGACUUCAUGGACAACUUCACGAGAAUGUACGAGUACGAUUAUGAGUUCGAAGAGGGAUUCAACAGCGUCCAGCCACUUCCAGCCCGCGUCAUUCUCGGCAUCGUCUACUGCCUCAUCAUGCUGGUGUGCGGCACCGGCAACUCUCUGCUCAUCACCGCCGUCUGCAGGUUCAGAGAGCUCCGAUGUGUGGCCAACGUCCUGGUGGCCAACCUGGCUCUGUCAGACCUGCUGGUGGCCGUCUUCUGUCUGCCCUUCCAGCUCGACUACUACAUCGUCAAGAACGAGUCGUGGGGGUACGGAGACUUCAUGUGCGCCACGGUCAACUACGUCCGCACCAUGUCCCUGUACGUGUCCACCAACGUGCUGGUGGCUAUCGCUAUUGACAGGUACUACAUUGUCGUCCACCGCCCCAUGCAGCAGCGGCGCCGGGCUUGGGUGAUGAUCAUCCCUGUCUGGCUGACGUCCAUGAUAUUCGCCCUUCCAUCCGCUGUAAACUCCAAGACAAUGAUGAAUCAUCGGAACAGCACGGUGUUCUGUGGCCAGGCUUGGUCAGUCCGCUCCACCAAGUACUACCAGGCCUACUACGUCAUGAUGUUCAUCAUCGAGUACCUGGUCCCCAUCAUCACCAUGACGUACUGCCAUCUCACCCUGUGGCUCAAGGUCCACCGCCGCUCCUGCCCGGGCAACACCAACGAGCGUCAGCAGCAGACCCUGGCCAGAUCGCGCCGCAAGACGGUCACCCUGGUCAUCCUCUCCUCGCUCUUCGUCCUGUGCUGGGGGCCGUACCAGGGCUACACCUUGGCACGUGACCUGUCUCCCCUCCUCCUGAAGGAGAAGCUCAACACCGCGAUCUUCUACGCAGUGGAGGCGCUCGCCAUGGGCAACAACGUCGUCAACACCGUGCUCUACGUGGCCCUCAACGCCAAGAUACGUAAGUAUAUCAAGCUGAUGGUGACCGAAUCUGUCAUCUACAACAGCUUGAACGUAAACGUGUCGGGCAGCUCCUCCUUCCGAGCUUGCAACCGUCCGGUUACUCUGCCGGUCAUCCUGCCUGCUCCCCGACCGAACACGAGCAUGACACGCCCGGUGGAGAUGUACAGAGAGCGAGAAACAACAGUGUAAUCAGGGUUAGGAACAUUUUCUGUGAAUGUGAAUGGAAUUGGGACCAAUGUUCAGCCACAAAAGUUGCCUGUUGACAGUUAUUUAACUCUCUAAAUACAUAAUUCAGGACCAACUCAUCGAUUAAUCGAAUAGACCUUCGGCAUUGUACCGUCCCACAUCUAUCAAUCAAAAAAUUAUUUACCCCAGCGUCUCAUCUUUGCCUAUAAGGUUGAUGAGUAGCUUAGAGUCUUGGGUCAACAACCAUAGGUUCUUUAGCCUAUUCAUUCGAUCAGAUGACUGACGCGCGCUCUUCAAAGAGUACAAAUGAUAUCCUAGCGCAUACUUAUCAAAUUUUGAAAAGUGAGUCAAAAAGGUGAAAAGAUGAAAAACUAAGCUGCACGUAUGCUUGACAACGACGAUUAGACAAUCAUCACAUUGGUGCCUAAUAACUUCAAACAAGGGCUGGUUGCUUUUUUGGUACGAUGUCGACGGCAGUUUAAGGUAAAUAAUGUAUAUAUUCACAUAAACUAUCAUGAUGUAAAAUACUGUCUAUAUCAGAUUGUACAUUCUUCACAGAUAUGCCGUGUAACGUAGUCCACAUGCCAAUUUUCGCUACAACACGGCUGUGUGGCGGCUUUCAAGAAAUAGUGGCUCUUGUCGUAGAAAAAACACGGCAAGACAGUCCAAAUAUGGCAUUAUUGACGGUUGCACCUUUACAAACCGAUAAAUGGUUCUCUCUUCAGACAGUAGGUAAAGAAGUGGACAGUGCCAAACUUUUGACGGUGUAAUCUUGUGGAGUAGCUGUCACUCCGUUAUCCAUGUACUAAUUCAAAAGCACAGCGUCGUUCACACUGUACAGCAUGGGAAUGAAAAAGUGCGUUUUAGAUUUUUGUGAAUUUACAGUAAUCGUAUACAACCUGGUAUGAUCUUCAGAGAUCAAUGCAGGCUCCUUUUAUCAUGCUUACCCGAUCGGAUGGACAUUUUGAUAAUGAGAAUCUAGGUUGAUAAUAACUAUAGUCUGUGUAACCGUGGCAGAAACUGCCGAAUUGGCAGACUGGUUUAACAGUAUAACUGCGGUUCAAUCAGGCUGAGACGAUGGCCUGUCGCAUUGUACUUGGAAACAUCCAGUAGUGGCUGGGUGUGUUCUCCACAUAGAAGUUGAAGGGAGAGAUCGCUCCCUUCUUCUGGUACCUGUUUUCUGACAGUCGAUCCCCUCGAGGAUCGGCUGUUGCAUCGCACUGUCAUGAUAGGUAGUUAGUUUUAUCAUAUACAGCUGUACAUAUACACAGCUGGAGAUGGCACCAGAAAUAUUCGCAAGGGCUCAUUCGGAGAUUUAAUCUUUAUCAAGGAGACCAGUUCUAGCAUGACUGUACCAGCAAGGAAAGUCUCAAAAGGCUAUUCACAAAGCAAAUGUUUUCGGCGUGUUUUAGGCGUUUUUCUCUGGCUUUCUACUUUGUACCGUUAUCUUCAUGUUAAGCCGAACCUCUGCUUGGAGAGUAUAAAAAAGGGCUCUUUUGGCCGAUGAUGUCGAACAAUGAUAAAAGACUUACUCACCAUUUCCCCUGCAGGAGGAGUAAUUCAGUUCACAGCAAGUGUGCCUGUCCAAGUGUUGGUCUGAUGAAUGGACAUUUCGUGGUCUUUAUAUUGAAAAUCGUCAACAGGAAUAAGUUAUAAUGUAAUCAACAUGAAAUUGGCUUAUGUUGAACUUGAUUUAAAAUCAUCACAGGAACGUAUCUUUCUGGAGAUGCUAUACGUACAUGCUUUGGCAUAAUAAAACUGCAAGACUGGCCAAUUCUGAACACCUCCCUGCGCCAAAAAAUUACUUCAAACCGAAUCAAUUACAACUCACCCAUCUUUUAAGUAAGAAUUAGCUAUUAGCCCGGUAGUACGUUUGCUUUCAGGAAAUCUUAACAAACUAUUAAGGUCACCGCUAGUAUUUUAUAUGGAUAACAUUCUCUGCAGACUCUAAAUUGAAUGGGUGCGGGAGAAAAAAACAAGGCAGAUAAAAAAGAGGAUACCCAUAUUUUCAAUUUUAGAGACAAUAGGUUUGACUUGAGGAAUUAAAGCAAUGAACCUGGUAACGCAACUAACAAGGCUUUUAUCAGUAAUGCAGUGACACUAGUGCCAGCAUUAAAAUUAUUAAACAGAAAAGGAUGAGCAUUUCUAUGACAAAUCAUUAAUACAUCCACAGACCUUCAAAAAUGGACCGAUCCUUUGAGAUGUUCAUGUAUGAAAGGAACGAAAUACAAAAGUUCACUGUAUCAAAGAAACAAUAUAAAAUGAUACGUACAUGUAGAAGUCAACAAUGGCAGUCCUUGGUAACACUUUCCGAAAGUCUCGUGAAGGCAAACAAGUGUGUCAGGUGUUCAUGCGGGUUAACCAUACAUGUAAUAGUGACCAUAUCAGGGCUCUCUCUGGCAUCUGUCCUUGGGCAGUAUCGGGGGUCGAAAAUUCCAACCCUUUCAAGCAUCAAAUAUCAUAUGGCAUUGUUUUCACGUCAUUAACAGUAUCACUGAACUUUCACUAAAUUCAGAUGAAGCCAUUUGAAAUCUAAUCCUCCCCUUUGGAGCACAAUUCAGCUCCAGGGCUGCGAGUUGCUGAAUAUCAACAAACUAUUAUAUUAUUUGAUACAGAGCAAAUAAAGCUCUGUCAAACUGGGAGAAUGGGUAGGAAUUUAAAGCUGGAAGACCCCAGGACUGUACCCAUUAGAGCAGGAGACUGCCUAGACCAGACUAUGCUAAUGUUUCACAAACCUGAGGCCUAAACAGUGAGUUACUUCUUUAAUAUUUUUGAACUCACAGAAACUGCCAUAUACCAUAGCUAUUUGCUAUCAGCAUGGAUAAAAGAGAUUGACCUGUAAAAAGCCAUGGUUUAAGGUAACAUUAAGCAAUUUUGGUUAGAAUAUCAGUCUUAGAAUAUUAUUCAAUGUUAUUCAUUUAUUUGCUUCAACUUCAUCACAGAGUGAUUGUAUAUAAUGUUAUGUAUUUGUAGAAUUUCUAAAGUUGUUUAUUUGAUCUUUUCAAUGAGUUAAUGUAAAACUAUACACUAGUUAUUUAUUCUCCAGGUGCAAUAUUGCAUUUUUGGACAUCUGACAUUUUCAACAAGCCAGGUUGAAUUUCAAACUCAUGUCAUUCCAGGGUGUUGACCAAAAAGAAAUUCUUUUAUUCCACUGUAUUAACCAUGGUAUGGAAAUUUGCAAGACAAAGUUUCACGAGCGCCGGGCUGUAAAUGUACUGAAAAUGAAGUAAUUGGUCUGACCCAGCAGAAUUUAAUUGCUUUCAAUUUUCUUUCCACUCAAACCAAUCUCACGCAUCAGACGACCCUGUCCCUUUCAAUGUGUUGCAGGUUUCUUUUUUGUCAACACAUUUCUGUAGUCUCAUCAGUACACCAGCCCGUCACGGGACAUGAAUGUUCGACCUCAUUUAAGAUGAAAAGUAUUACCAUGUUUGCGAAAUUGUAACACUGAAAAAUGGCUUCACAAGUUGCUCUUUUAAUACAUCCUUUAAUUAGUGCUAUGUGGUAUCGAAAUAUGAUAGUAGAUAAACAGUGUCUAAUUUAUGCUUUUCACCCUGUACCGAUCAAAGGGUCAAACGGACAACAUGUAAAACAUAACCUAAUUUUCAUCUUGAAGUUCUUUAUCGAUGCGAAGGGCAACAUUUAUUUAUCUAAUGGUCUAAAGACAAUUGUGCUGCUCCUUCAACUUAUGAAAGUUUAUUUCCGAGAGUGCCAGCAAAAACAGAACAUUGUCAUGAAAAAUAGCUAAGAAGUGCAUAUUUGUCAGGGACAGUUGAGAAUUACAAGAAAACCAGUAAUUCCUUCCUCCACCAGGCUUGUUGCCUUUACAAUAAGUUAACCUGAAGCGUUUGUAGCAGUCCUGAGGAUUUGAGUGAUCAUUAUUGUACAAAUGUAUGUAUUUGAGUUUAUACUUCUUUGCACAUAUAUAACAUUAUAUGGGCUUUUAUUGUAGAUUGUAAAAAAAAAACAGAAUUCAUUAAAGUAUUCUACUGCUGGUGGAUUUUGAUUGGUGUCUAUAUAAGAAAUGGUUUUCUUACGUUGUACAAAAUCAAACUAUAGGUAGAUGUACAUGUACAUGUGACUGUUUUCUGUUUCAAAUGUGUUAGGAAAUAUCUUUAAUUCUUGCAUUACUAUGGAUAAACGUUGCAUUGAAUAAAUAUAAUGUUCUGUGCAUUGUGUCAGGUUGGAAAUCAUAUUUCCCAUGUGAUUGCUGAUUUUAUCAGCUUACCAAAGGAAACAAUACUGUGUCUGGAUCUGUUAUGUCCUUUCAUGGAUAACUGAUGACUGUACCAACAGGUGCAUAUCGGGUACAUGGAUUAGUGGGAUUUCAUUACCAGUUUUACUGUGCUUGUGCAACACAAACUACUUUGGUGACUUUCAUUUUGAUUGGAAUUUAAGCGCUCUAUUCCUGGCAUCGUUACAUUUGUGGGUCUGGUUGAGUGAUUUCCUCUGUAAUUAUGCAACUCAUUAAUAUGCAUAUCACAUCUACAGGUAUGCCACUCUCUUAGAUUGCAAUUUCUGGAGAAUGUUGGAGAGUGAAACAGAGAUAAAUACUCUCAUAGUUUGCUUGUGGCUUGUAACCACAUUGUAUAAUGUCCAAUACAGCUGGAUGUUUUGAGGAUUAGAUAUCAUUUAAUACUGUGCCAUAAUGUUGAUUGAUAUUUAGGCAAUUUAUUAAGACUACGUAACUGCUCUGGACGAAACCUGGAAAGUGAUUUUUCUAAUAUCUGUUCUUAAGUUUUGAAUAAGACUGGUCUUUGUUGCUAUGUACUGAAACAGGGGCAAUGGAGGAGGCUUGCAGUCCACUGGACAGUAGCCAACUAAUGUCGCUGAUGUUAUGUGCUUAACUGCAGUUUGAAGUGACACACACUGUACAUUGUUUCAUGGGAAUUAAAUGCUUUGCAGCACACGUGUAUAUGAUGACAAAGCCUUGGACUUCACGUUCACUUUAUUUGUUUAAGGUAGGGAAGGUACAUUCAGCUAUUUUUUUACCUGUUUUCAGACAGGUCCCCCUUACCCGACAAAAUGGUCAAAUUGUAAUCUUCAUUUCUGUCUGGUUAAACAAAACAGCAACAAGUUUGCAGAGAAUCUCCCACAUGUUACAGUGAUAGGUUUGCCAUAUGGUUGAUUCGAAGUAAGUAGUAAGUUUCACAUAUUUGCUAUAUUCUCAUGUUCUAAGUGCAAGACGUCACAACUGUUAAAAUCAGAUGUUUCUUGAUAAAACGUGAAGAAAUUGUCCUCUCAGCAUAUAUCAUCCACUAUGUGUCCAAAAUUCCAACCCUCCUGUGCCCAAGGGCAAACAGAAGUAAAUUUCACUUUUAAAAAAUGAAAAAAAAAAAACUUAACAAUUUUGCAUUGUUAUCACAUCGUCAACAGGGUUGGCGGAAACGGCUGCCCGGUCGGUCAGCGGAAACCCCUGCCCGGUCCGGAGGAUGGUUUUGGGGGUUUCGAGUAUUGCAUACAGCAGAGUAAGGUAUCUAGUGCGGCUGCGCCUUCUUACAGCCGAAAGUAUUGUGAUCUCAAUAUUAAACAUACACUCAUCGUAGAAUAAAUGUAUACAAAAACCGUGUCGAAAUUUUGGACGGGGUUUUGGUUGGAAAACGGCUGGUAGUAUUCUGUAUCUAAAUUACGACAAGGGUAAUCAUGUACAUGUUGUAAAUCUGAUCGUAAUUACGGCCGUAUUUACGGGCCAUAUCACAUGGAGAGCGGUCGGUAAUAUUAAGAAUAUUCGUCUUUUGAAUACCGUGUAGACGGAAUAUUAAUGAGAACAUAGUUGAUUAUUAAUCAAACAGCCUGAAACUGCAAUUCUUUGAUCACGAUACUAUUUUCUCACAUGUCGGAAAUGAAGAAACCCGCAGAUAAUAAAGAUUUAACUAAGGAUUUAACAAAAUGUGUUCGUGGCCGAAGCACCAAGAGUCAGCAGAAUCCCAUCCAGUCUCAGAUCGUCAGGGCGGCUAGAGCCCAAAUAACACCGCAAUAAACAACGUGGACGCGGUCAGCUCAAGAAAAUUUUUUAAUUAGCAAUUAAUCUUCAACACGAAUGACUCAUACUCUGAUCAAUGCCCACAUCUUAUUUGUUUAAAGCUACUCCGAAGAGCAAGUAAUGAUAAAGUUUACUACUGUCCCCUAUUAGAAGAGCUUCACACAUAUCCACAUGUCUACACACUCUGCAUAUUUCGGGUCAAUGACCUACAAUGUUAUGUGCGCCGAAAACCUCCGAUGAAUUACACAAUCCAAUCAAUCCAACCUACAGUUUUCUUAUUUCAAAGUAUAAAACUAGUGUUGGGGAUAACAUUUUCGAAAAAAAAAAAA